AGAACGGUAACAGUAUACACACAUCCACCACCAUCAAGAGGAAAGGAUAUUAUGAUGGGCGACCACGUAACGUGCAUCGUCAGUUUUUUCUUCGCCGGAUGCUUCGUCCUGUCACCCCCACCGGAAGCCCACGGCCACUACUACGACGCGCAACUGCACUACCAACAACCGCACGCCGGGUGGCAGCAUAGGUACCGGGUGCCGGCGCCGCCCCUCAUCAAGCCCGUGGACCUCAUGGCGGACGUGGUCAACUCCCUGGGCGCUCGGGUCCUCCAGCAAUACGUGGAGGCCGGCAACGUGGCCUUCUCCCCGGCCGGGCUCGGCUUCAUCCUCGCCGCCCUCUACGAAGGCUCGGCCGGCCGGGGCAGGCAACAGAUCGUCGAGUGCUUGGGCUUCCCCAGGGACCGGGCCAUCGUGAGGCUCGGCCUCGGCGACAUACACCGGACGCUAAGGACCUACCUGAAUCCCGACGGCUUCCUCGGUGGGCUGAACCUCAACCGGGAGAACACGAGCUUGCGGCCCGAGUACGAGGCCGUGCUGAGGAUCUACGGGUUCGACCUCACGAUAGACCUGUCGAAUUUCGGGCCCAACGGGACCAACAGCUUCGGCCUCAGGGGCUCCCCCACCACCACCACACCUCCGACCACCACCUCCACCGAGCAGACCCCGUUGAACGUGGGUGUGUCGAUGUCCAUGGACGGCGUGACGGUAGCGACGACGAUGGACCCCUCCGUGGAUGACUCGACGACGCCAGCGGGUACGACGGUCCCACCGCCGACCAGUCCAACGAGGGCGACAACCACGACGCAGGAACCGAUGACCACGACAACGGAUGCAGCCACCACCACGAUGGCGACCACCAGCCCGAGCACCACUAGGCAGCCGACCACGACGAACGAGGCGAUCGGGUCGACGAUGGUGCCAAGCGCCGCCGAGACUACCACCGGGCUGGGGGAUGACAUCGCUACUGUCGCCGCUCCGAACUUGAGGAGGAGGCGACGGCGCAGCACCUACGGCUACUACUCCAAUUAUCCAGGACGAUCCCUUCACUUGGUGGAGGAGGGCCCGUGGAUGCAAGACUUGAACGCAUGGGCGGACCAGCCGGCUCUGCCCACCAACGUUCAGGACACGACCGAGCUGCAGUUUCUGGUUAACGGGUGCGAGCCCGUGCAGGUGCCCGCGGCCAUCUACACCACCGUUUUGCCCUUCGCCUACUUUCCCACCCUCAAGGCUGUCGGGCUCGAGUUUCCGCUGGACAAUCCCAAGUACAGCGUGCUGCUGUUCCUGCCGACCGAGAGGGUCGAUACGAGCCGAUUGGGGCGCGAGCUCACGGGCCAGAGUCUACGACUGCUGCGCAAGCACCUACAGCCCACCUGGAUACGCGCGACCAUACCCUCCUUUAUGCUACGGGGCUUCGUAACCCUCACCCCCUACCUGCAACGGUUGGGGAUAAAGGACGUUUUCGAGCCGCGGCUGGCCGACCUGUCGCCGAUGACGCCCGACCUGGGGGUGUACGCCAGGGACGUCCAGCAGAGCGUGGCCAUCAACAUAAGGAACUUCAUGAGGAACAACAGCGACGCGCCGACCGGCCACAACAGCGAGUACCGCUACCUGCGUCCAGCAAACGGCCUGUUGGACAGACUGGGUCUGGUGACCUUUACGGCGGAGCAUCCGUUCCUCUACUUCAUCAUCGACAACGAGACGUCGGUGUCCCUCAUAGCCGGACGCAUCGACGAUCCCCUCAACUCUCGAAUACUCUGAGGAGCCGAGGAAGUCGUUCGAGCCAUUUAUCCCCCGCUCGACCAUAAUAUAUGUAUAUAUACGUACGGACGAACAUUACGGAGCGGGAUA